AUGGCUCCUCAAGAAGGGGUCCUCCCCACAACGGUCGAGGCCGAUGAGAAGGCCAUCGGCGGCCCUCCCGGCUACGACUCGAGCAGCGGCAAGGCCGUCCGCGGCGCCAUCAGCGAGGAGGCCUGGGCCACCCGCGCCGGCCUGAACCUGACCUCGUUCAAGAAGCGCGAGUAUGGUCGCGGCAUCGUCGAGCUCGACCGCGCCAUGAGCAGUCGCCAUCUCCACAUGAUCGCCAUCGGCGGCUCCAUCGGCGCCGGUUUCUUCGUCGGUUCCGGUGGUGCCCUGAGCAAGGGUGGUCCCGGUUCCCUCUUCAUCGACUUCCUUCUCGUUGGUAUUAUGAUGUUCAACGUCGCUGACGUGGUGAAAUCAAAAGUGUACGCCCUUGGUGAACUCGCCGUCAUGUACCCCGUCUCUGGUGGCUUCUACACGUACUCGACUCGCUUCAUCGACCCCUCGUGGGGCUUCGCCAUGGGCUGGAACUACGUCUUCCAGUGGGCCAUCGUCCUCCCGCUCGAGCUGACGGUAUCCGGUCUCGUCGUCCAGUACUGGAACCAGGACAUCAGCGUCGCCGUCUGGAUUACCCUCUUCUUCAUGGUCAUCGUCAUCAUCAACAUCUUCGGCUCCAUCGGGUAUGCCGAGGAAGAGUUCUGGUCGUCGUGCCUCAAGCUCGCUGCGACCGUCGUCUUCAUGAUCAUCGCCCUCGUCCUCGUCCUCGGCGGCGGCCCGGAGAGUGGUCGAUACAGCGAGUACUCGGGUGCGAAGCUGUGGUACGACCCCGGCGCCUUCCGCAACGGCUUCAAGGGCUUCUGCUCCGUCUUCGUCACGGCCGCCUUCUCCUUCUCCGGUACUGAGCUGGUCGGUCUGGCCGCGGCCGAGGCCAAGAACCCCGUCAAGUCGCUCCCGGGCGCCAUCAAGCAGGUGUUCUGGCGUAUCUCGCUCUUCUACAUCCUGGGUCUCUUCUUCGUCGGUCUGUUGAUCCCCUCCGACGACCCCUCGCUGCUGUCCGAGUCCUCGUACUCGGACGUCAAGGCCUCCCCCUUCGUGCUGGUCGGAAAGUACGCCGGCCUCAAGGGCUUCGACCACUUCAUGAACGUCGUCAUCCUCGUGUCCGUCAUCUCCAUCGGCGUGUCGGGUGUCUAUGGUGGAUCGCGUACGCUCACCGCCCUGGCCCAGCAGGGAUACGCGCCCAAGAUCUUCACCUACAUCGACCGCUCCGGACGUCCCCUGCCGUCCGUCUUCGCCAUCCUCAUCUUCGGCCCGUUGGCGUAUGUCAACCUCAACGCCAGCGGACCCGUCGUCUUCGACUGGUUGUUGGCGCUUUCGGGUCUGGCCGCCGUCUUCACCUGGGGUUCCAUCUGCCUGGCACACAUCCGCUUCCGCAAGGCGUGGGCGUACCACGGCCACACGACGGACGAGAUUCCCUUCAAGGCCAUCGGUGGCACCAUCGGCUCUUGGAUCGGUCUCUUCCUCUGCUUCGUCGUUCUCGCUGCUCAGUUUUACACUGCGAUUGCCCCUCCCGGUACGAGCGAGCUCAAUGGUGCUGAAGGCUUCUUCAAGUCGUACCUCGCCCUCCCCGUCGUCAUGCUCUUCUGGCUGGGCGGUUUCCUCUGGAAGCGCACUGGCUGGCUCCGCACGGCGCAGAUGGACGUCGACACUGGCCGACGUGAGCUCGACUGGGACGAGAUCCACGCUUACCGCGCGCGCAUCGCGGCGUUGCCCAAGUGGAGGCGCAUCCUUCACCAUGUGUGGUAG